GCGCAGACGGAUUUACAGGCGCGACACCGCCGCCGUUCAGUCUGUUCCGUCGCGCGCGCGAGCGACUUCAGCUUGAAGUUUCACGCGGCGGCAAAAAAUAAAAAAUAAAUAAAUAAAUAAUGAAAAUGGGACGGUGCGGACUUUAAACCGAGCGGAUUAGCGCGCGACCGAGCAAACCGGAAGCUCAAGCACAGAAAUCACAAACACUCGUUUUUGUUUGUUUAUUAUUAUUAUUGUUUAUUAUUAUUGUUGUUGUUAUUAUUAUUCUCGGGGCGGCAUGAAGUUCGCGGAGCACCUUUCAGCUCACAUCACACCGGAAUGGAGGAAGCAGUACAUCCAGUACGAGGCCUUCAAAGAGAUGCUGUAUGCAGCGCAGGAUCAGGCUCCGUCUAUAGAAGUGACGGAUGAGGACACGGUUAAGAGGUACUACGCUAAAUUUGAGGAGAAGUUCUUUCAGACAUGCGAGAAGGAGCUGUCCAAGAUCAACACCUUCUACUCAGAAAAGCUAGCGGAGGCUCAGCGGCGUUUCUCCACUCUGCAGAACGAGCUGCAGUCGUCUGUGGACGCUCAGCGGGAGAGCAUCAUGGGAAAGAGCAGGAAGACGGGUCUGGCUCUGAGCCACGAGGAGAGGAACAAACACCGCAACAUCAAAGACCUGAAACUAGCCUUCAGCGAGUUCUACCUCAGCCUCAUCCUCCUGCAGAACUACCAGAACCUGAACUUCACUGGGUUCCGUAAGAUCCUGAAGAAACAUGAUAAGAUCCUGGAGACGCAGCGUGGAGCCGACUGGCGUGUCUCACACGUGGAGGUCGCGCCCUUUUACACGUGCAAAAAGAUUACACAGCUCAUCUCUGAGACCGAGACCCUGGUAACCACAGAGCUGGAGGGCGGAGACCGACAGAAAGCUAUGAAGAGACUGAGAGUCCCACCACUGGGGGCAGCUCAGCCUGCUCCUGCAUGGACUACAUUCCGAGUCGGACUGUACUGCGGAAUCUUCAUCGUCCUCACCGUCACCUUCAUCCUCAGUGGUGCGUUUUAUUUCCGCGAUAAGAACGUGUGGCCGAUGGUGCGGAUGUACCGCGGCGGCUUCCUGCUCAUCCAGUUCCUCUUCCUGUUGGGCAUCAACACGUACGGAUGGAGACAGGCUGGAGUCAAUCACGUGCUCAUAUUCGAACUGAACCCACGCAACAACCUGUCUCACCAACACCUAUUCGAGAUCGCAGGCUUCCUGGGUGUGUUAUGGUGUGUGAGUAUCUUGUUGUGUCUCUACGCUGACACCACCGGACUGCCGAUGCAGGCGAGUCCUCUCAUCCUGUACGGCUUCAUGUUCCUUUUCCUCAUCAACCCGUUUAAAACGGCCUACUACAAAUCCCGCUUCUGGCUCCUCAAACUGCUGUUCCGCGUGUUCACGGCUCCGUUCCACCGCGUGGAGUUCGCUGAUUUCUGGUUGGCGGAUCAGCUGAACUCUCUGGUGAUCGUGCUGAUGGAUCUGGAGUAUCUGGUGUGUUUCUACAGUGUGGAGCUGCAGUGGGGGAACGUGGAUGGCCUGCUGCCCGAUUACUCAGAUGACAGGAAGUGCAACAAUUACUCGUACGGACUGCGUGCCAUCAUCCAGUGUCUUCCCGCCUGGUUCCGAUUCGUCCAGUGUCUCCGCCGUUACCGUGACACCAAACGGGCGUUUCCUCACCUGGUGAAUGCUGGGAAAUAUUCCACAACCUUCUUUGUGGUGGCGUUCUCCGCCCUGUACAGCACACACAAAGACCAGGACGAUGCCGAUGCCGAGGCGUUCCUCUACCUGCUCAUCGUCUUCUCCACCAUCAGCUCCCUCUACACACUGAUCUGGGAUCUGAAGAUGGACUGGGGUCUGUUCGACCGCAACGCCGGGGAGCACACCUUCCUCCGGGAGGAGAUCGUCUAUCCGCAGAAGGCGUAUUAUUACUGUGCCAUCGUGGAGGACGUGAUCCUGCGUUUCUCCUGGACUCUUCAGAUCGCUCUGACCAACAUCACACACGUCUCCUCUGCUGACGUCGUGGCCACCGCUCUCGCCCCGCUGGAGGUGUUCAGGCGUUUCGUGUGGAACUUUUUCCGUCUGGAGAACGAGCACCUGAAUAACUGCGGUGAGUUCCGGGCGGUGAGAGACAUCUCCGUGGCUCCUCUGAACGCUGAUGAUCAGACGCUGCUCGAGCAGAUGAUGGACCACGAGGACGGAGUCAAACAUCGGCAGGGCAAGAAGACCUGGAGGCGGAGCUACAGCCUCACACUGCGCCGCCCACUGCUGCACUCCCAGUCCAAGAAGGACACCAAGGUGCUGAUUGAGGACACGGACGACGAACCCUUCAGCUGAACAACGCGAAGACGUUCCACCUCUGAAGAGCACCGCACGCACACACACACACUCACACACACACAUCACUAAAGAGCGGGCUCAGCCUCACAAACACACACACACACACACACAUACACACAACAGCAGUAAUCGAGCACAAACAAUCAAGAGACCUUUCAGUAUAAGCACUAACCUUAUACACACACACACACACACACACACUUAUGCGCACACACAGGGUACUGUUAUUUUUCGUUAGUUUUUAUAUUAGUUUAGUUUCUUUUUUAAGAAUUUAUCAAUCAUGUGACUGUUUACAAACUUAAUAAUAAUAAUAAUAAUAAUAAUAAUAACAAUAAUCACUACAAAUCUACAGGAAAUGACAUCAUUACAGGGGAGAACUGAAAUGCAACAACAACAAACACUAAUGUGUGAACUUCAGCUCUGGGCUACACACACACACACACACACACACACACACACACACACACUUACUUUACACCUGACGGCGUGUUGUAUUUCUAUUUGUGCUUUUUGUAAUUGCUUUUUUCACAGAGCACUUGCAGGGAAAGUGCGCAUCGGCACCAUGUUCACUACGCAGGGCCGCCUCACUUCCUGUCCUACCUUAUUUAAUUUAACUCUUUCUUUAUCUCUGUGUCUUCUUUAUGUAUUGUUCAUAAUCUUAAGAGUCAGACGGACCUACUGAUGGUUUUUAAAAACUGGAAAUUUUCACAAAACGUAUAGCAAGUGACUUCUAACGUAGAAAUGGCUGCGUCCCAAAUCGCACACUUCCCCUUCCUAAGGCUAGCAUAAGUACUCACCCCUUUUAACGUCACAUUUUGAACUAAAAUGGACUUAACUGGGAUUUUAUAUCAUGAAUCUACAAUAAAUAGGCUGUAAUAUGAGAACACGGACCCUGCUGUGAAGCACGGUGGUGGUAGCAUCAUACGUCAUAAUGUGAUUUGAACAGCACACUUUAACACAGAGCUGGUGUUAAAACACUUUACUGAAAUUAGUCGACGUAUAUAUUCUCAGUAAAACGCACGUCAGGUUAGACAUUAAGUUGAGGGCGGAGCCUUAGUGAUGAUGUCAGUCUUUCCGACGUGAGCUAGAAAGUUACGUGAGCACCAGUUAUGUGAUUUUUUGAGGACGGAUCUAUUCGACGACGUGCGUUAGAGACGAUGUGAUCAAUAAAAGCGGAACCUUCUAAAUGACACGUGUUAAGGGGGCGGAGUAUUUUGUGAUGCAAUAUAUAUUGUGAUUGUGGGCGGAGCCUUCUUUUCAGACAGUGUGCUCUAUAAGGGCGGAGACUUCCACAUGACACAGUUUAAGGGGGUGGGUUAUUGUGGGCGGAGCCUUUUUUCAGAUGAUUGGGGUUGUGGGUCGAGCCUUCAGUAAGACACAAGCGCUUUGGAGGCGGAGCCUUUAUAUAGGGGCGGAGACUACUUACAAUUAAAAGGUAAAACCUAUAAAGUACACGUCCGGCGCUUAUACAACCACCGUACAAACUGCUAGUGUUCACUAUUUAGUACACUAGCGUGUGGUUUGGGACGAGGCCACUAAUUACCUUCUAUGUAUUUAUUAGAAUUAAGUUUAUUAUUUUUAUUAUUUCCAACAACAACGAGAACGAAAAAGCAACGAAACUUAAUGAGGUUAUGAUGAGCUGUCAUUUAUUUUUCAGCACACAAACAUACACAUACACUCACACAUAAACACACACACACACACACACACUGUAAGAAGAGCGACAAUGACGUCUGGAUGGAGAACACGAGUGUGUGGACACUGCUCUGGGACUCGCUGCUUUUCACACACACACACGCACACACACACACACACACAUAAGCAUGUUGGGAGGAGUGUGUGUUUCAUUUCUCCAUCCCACUCGUCCAAGUUAUUCAGCUGUCUGACUGUUUCACUCACACUAAUGUUGUCAUGGUUUUGUUAAAAUCUGUUAAAUCUCAGUGCAGCUUUGCAGUUUGCGAGCACAAUCUCUCUCUCUCUCUCUCUCUCUCUGUCUCCCUCUAUCAUUCCUUCUCUCUAUAUAUCACUGUUCCUGUCUCUGGUAGUGAUGUGUCAUUCACAAAAGAGUCGGCUCACAACAUUCACUUAAAAGAGCCGACUCGUUUUUGUGAAUCUUUUUAUUUUAUUGUUUUUAUUAUUUUUAUUUUUUGUAGAUCUAAGCCAUUCUGUUAUUUGUGCAGUGUAAUUUAUUGACGUUGUCAUAAUUAUUACUAUUAUUAUUAUUAUGUUAAAAGAAAAAAACCCUUCUUACUGAUCAAAAUAUCACAGAAGGUCAAUGAAUCAUUUGGGAGCCGAAAAGAGUCGACUCUUAAUGGUGAGCUGAGCCAAAUGAUUUGACUCACUGAUUUGAUUCGUGGAUAGUGUGUGUUCUUGAAACAUCCUGUUCCUCUUUAUCUUCCUCUCAUUUUUUUGUGUUCGUACACAACAACAAUGUCAAUCUCUCGAGGAUGAACAGUCAGUGUGUGAAAAAUGGCAUUAUGGGAAAAAAACAGAUGUUUAUGGACGUUUUAGAAGAACGUGUGUGCUAUUUUUCUUCACAAGUCUAAAAAUGAAUCGUUUUUUUUUACAGUGUCAUAAAUGAUCCAUUGACACCGACCACCAAAGAGCUUCUCUGUUACCACGUACACACACACACACAAACACACACACACACACACGCUAGUUCUGUUGUCGCUGUGCCAGUGGUCGUGUCGCCUGCAUGCUACUUCAAUGUUUCCCUGUAAAUAGAUUUAACUUAUUUUCUAUAGGAAUGAUGGGUAAUUUAUUGUCUCGUUAUUUAUGGAUAGAGCAGUAUUAUGAUUAGCGACGGGACUCUGUCUCGUACGUGACGCUCUCGUGACUGUGGAAACGUCGACUCCUUCCAUUCCACGUGCCAAUUCAUUACAUAGGUCCCUGUUUUGCUGAAGGACGGAGACUCCUGCAACAACAAAGGAAUUAAUUACACUUGAUUCACUGAUUUCAAGCUGGAUAACAUUAGCUCUUCUAGUGUUAGCUAGCUAGCAAACAUGGCGCUUGUUUUUCUUUCCUAGUGUUAAAACGAAACUCGUAAAAUUAUUCGUUUGAUGUUGGGAAGUCUUAUACACACAAUAUGUUUCACUGUUUCACUCAUUAAAAUGACUAAAAAGUAUGAUUAUGAUUAUGAUUAACUAUUACGAUAAACUAGCUUAUCAUCGAAGCUAGUAAUUUACCUAAUUUAACUAGUACAGACAACGAAAAAGUCGAGUAACCUUGGAAACAAAAUGCGACCAUCAAGAACGUCAGCAUUUCCCUCAGAAGUGUUGAUAAAUGAUGAAAGCAACCCAAUUUUAAAGUAACAUUUAACACUACGCAAUAUAAAACUUAGCCUGUUGUUAGCUAGCUAGUUAGCAAAUCCUGGUUUAAACUACACAAUGGUUAGCUUUUUUUAAUGAAUUUGGCUAGCUACUAGCUAACUCUAGCUACAGCUAGAGGAGUGAAAUAAUGUUACAUGUUUUAUCAGUGUGCUAAAAUACAGUAUUGCGAUGUGAGAGUGUAAAUAUCGGCACACGACUUCAUACAUUCAUAGAUGUUUUGGUCACAUGGUGAAGGAAGGCGUGAUGAAUAUUCAUGAGCGAACGGCGCCUGCUCACGCCGCAUCGUUAACCUCCGAACGCGAGGGUCAUUUUUGUACAUUACAUUUUUAUACAUCUACAAGCUCUGACAUCGUGUGUGUUCUCACGCGGGGGGGGUGGGGUGGGGGGGUUGUAGGGGGCGGGGCAUCCAUCAGUGUCGGGUUGUGUGCACGCUAAACCCACGAUGUUCCGUGCUUGUUGAUAUUUCUGCAUCUUUUCUAUCUCGAUGUUGUGUCCGUUUCUUACUUUGCCGACUGUGACGAUGAUGUUCGUUAGCUAAUCGAUGGAUAAUAUUAAUAAUAGAUAGAUAGAUAAAUAAAGCGUUGUGUGUUCGACGGAGAAGAAAAACUCGUCCUGCCGAGUCGUGUGUAAACGUGGAGUGAACUAUGAUGCUCGUAAACGAUGCUCUUGUUUCUAUUUCUGUACAACACUUUGGUGAUGAUGUCAUAACUUGGUUUUAUAAACCACGCCUAUUUUUAAAACCUG